CAAACACCGCAUCCGCCACCUGACGGGAGAUUGUCCCCGUGUUUCAACCAUCCUUCUCUCCAUUCGCCUCCCCUUAGACCUUCUCGGCUUCCUGAGUGCACUGCAUUUCCUACUGUGAUGUCUCGACGUGCGACACCGGGUCAGGCUGCUCAGAACCAGCAGACUAUUAAGGCUCUGCUGAAACUCGAACACAACAAAAUAUGUGCCGAUUGCAAGCGCAACAAGCAUCCACGAUGGGCGUCCUGGAACCUCGGCAUAUUUAUCUGCAUCCGUUGCUCGGGUAUUCAUAGAGGCAUGGGCACACAUAUCAGCCGGGUGAAAUCCGUGGAUCUUGACUCCUGGACCGAUGAACAACUUCAGAGCGUGGUGAGAUGGGGCAAUGCAAGAGCGAACAAAUAUUGGGAGGCGAAACUGGCGCCCGGUCAUGUCCCGUCGGAAGCGAAAAUCGAGAACUUCAUUCGGACCAAGUAUGAAUCCAAGCGCUGGAUUAUGGACGGCCCGAUGCCCGAUCCUUCCACGCUAGAUGAUGGUGAUGACGAUGUGCCCCUUGCGGUUGUCCAGGAAAAGGCAAAGAUCGAGCGUUCCGCAUCUCAACGAGUGGCGGCGUCUAGUCAACCACCGGCGGCGCAUCGCCAGCAAGCAUCGAUCGACCUCUUCGCUGACGAUGAUAUUGCUCCCCCAGCCCGUCCUAGCACCACGGACCCUACACCACGAGCCGCGCCGAAGCAGCCUCAGUCUGCUCCCAAGCCAACACGCCCAGGGGACUCCCUGCUCGGCCUUGAUUUUUUUGGCAGCGCUCAGCCAGCCACCAACAGUCGCCCGUCCAGCACGGCGUCUACCCCUGGUGGCUCCACUGGCAUUUCUAGGCCCGAUUUGAAGCAAUCUAUCCUAUCUCUUUAUUCAAAGCCUCAGCCAGCCCCAGCCCAGCAUGGGCGCACUUCUUCGUUUGGAGAUUUCGGAGACCUGGCGUCUCCCGCGCCGCCAUCAGCUUCACCAUCUUCUAACCUGGGUGGUCUCACGGAUGCCUUUAGUGGACUUAGCUUCCCAUCAACUACUUCUCCGCCACCUCAAAAACCAGCGGAAAAGCCAUCUCCAUUUGCUAAUCUCACAAGCUUCGCCACCAAGAAGUCCACUCCUGCAGCUCCGAAGGUCUCUUCCCCUACGGCGUCUGCCGGCAGUGGUGGGGGUAGUUUGUUCGACAGUCUUACCUCUCCCACUAUUCCUGCAGCGAAGCCUCAGUCCCGUACUACAUCGAUUUCUUCCAGUGGGUUCGAUUCAGGAUUCACCAGUUUCGCGUCUCCUCCGCCAUCUAAGCCGAAUCCACCACCACCAUCUUCAUUAUUAUCUAAUGAUCUCUUUGGACUGUCAUCCCCUGCUCCCGUUGCUCCGUCCAAGGUAUCUUCCCCGCCAGCCCCGACAGCAACUUCGCCGCAGCAAGAACUGAAGGCCGCUUUCAACCUUAACCCCCCUGUGCCCGCUCCGGUCUCUGCAGCGCCAAAACCUAGCAUGUCCGCCACAACAACAUCUAUCGCAAGCGCACUCCCAGCAAGCAUAGAUCCUUGGGGAGGAGGUAACGCCUGGAGCACUCCAGAUCCUGCGCCAGCUGCUGAGCCCUCGGGUUCGUCGAUAAUGAAGGUUCCCGAUACCCUGACUGCCAAUGACAUCGGGGCCGGCUGGGGCGCCCCGGCCUCUCCAUCCGGAGGUUCGAAGCAAGCACCGGCAGUGGCUGCAGACGAAGAUUUCGGAGGCUGGACCAGUGCGGCACCUAUCUCAUCCACGACGGCAGCCACUACGAGUAAUAUGAGCGUUCCAUCUAAACCGGCAGGCGGGUUUAGCGGGGCUGAUGAUUUAUUUUCUAAUGUAUGGGAGUAGUUGUUCCCCUCCUGUGUUGACCCAGAGAUGCACAUACAUGGUGUUAUGUUAGACCUCAGCGCCAGAUCGCAAUUUAUUUCUUAUUCUUUUUUUAUGUCAUUCAUCUUACGCCCUUCACGUCUUCCCUUUCUGCAUUUGAACUUCUAGAUGCCCCGUCUUACUUUAUUUUUCCUAUGCGACACUGCGACCUGCUUUCAUCUGAUCACGACUUGGGACAUGGAGUUAGGGCUGUAAAAAUGGGCGGUUUUUCUGGACAAAAUGUUUUGUAGCAAUGGGUCAUAAUGGCCCCUAAGGGUGUUUUCAUGACGUUCAGGAUGUCACUGGUUAUUAUGAAUGGCACUAAUAUCUUAACAUUUCUUGGGUGUAAGGGAAAUGAGUAUCUUUGUUGAUCUCAGCAGAUAUGUUGGUUGGGGGAGAAGCGGCGCGGAGUCGGACCGAAGUUACGAUUUGAUGUACUUCGUAUUUGAUAC